AUGGGAUCCCACUACGACCACGCCUUUUGGUACGAGGCAUCCUCUCCUCAAGACUUGGGAUCGCCGUCUGGAUCUCCAUGCGACUACUAUCAGUCCUCAGCCCUCGCCAGGUACCCGAGCUCGGGAGGAAGCUCUCAAGCAUCUUCCAUCCCCGACUCUCCCUUGGGCUUCUAUACCCUUCACGACACCACUGCCAUGAGCGAUCCCUACCAGCAACAGCAGCAGCAACAGCAGCAGCAGCAGCAGUACUACACGUCUGCUCCGUCUGCCUCGGAUGACACUGUCACUCCCCGAAGUGAAUCGAGCGCUCCCGGCCGCGACUGGCCCGUCUUCUGCCUUUCGCCUGGUUGCAAUGCCCGCCCGUUCAGGCGCUGCGCCGACCUCCAGAGGCACUACAGGAACACGCAUGCGCCGGAGUCGCAGAAGGACAGCUACUGGUGCGACUACCCGCGGUGCACUCGUUCCCGCGAGCCUUUCCACCGCCGCGAUCACUUCCGCGACCACCUGCGGGAGUAUCAUCGCGAGGAUAUCCAGAAGCGCGGCGACACCAUCAACGAGGACUGGCUCGAGGGCCGGUAUGCUCCGUCUACGUGGUGGCGAUGCCACCGCUGCCUCGUCCGCGUCUACAUCUCCCGGAACGGCUUUGAGUGUCCCGGCUGCAAGACGUCUUGCGAGCCCAAGCGCAAGGAGAAGCGUCGAAACCACUCUUGA